CCCUGGCUUCCGGUUUGUCCUUCGCCCCGCUGUUGCUCUUGCCUUGCCCGGCUCCGGCCCGCCCCUUGCCUCUUGGCCGCCUGCCCCUUCGGCCCUCUUGUCCGGGUCCCUCCUCCGGAUCCCUUCGCUUGUGGCUGGAGAGCUCUCUUCUUCGGCCUUCCCCUGCCCCCGAGGCCGGUUUCCCUUGCCCUGCUUGUGACAUGCUCCGGGCGGCGGUAUCUCGACAGCCGCGCCGCGGUGGCAGCCCCGGGGCGGUGGCCGCACGCGCGCUGGCCUCGACAUCCGGCGACCGUCCGGGUGACGCCCGGCCGGGCGCCGGGUCGUGGAUUAGCAUCGGCGGGGCGACCUUCCCCACGAAGGCCCCCUCCGGGGCGGAUGCCCUGGUUCCUGCCUGGCCGACGGCCGCCCUGCCGCCCACUCCCUGGGUGAUGCGCCAUGUCCGGUGGCUGCUGCAAAAGCGCGCCCUCGGGCAGGAUGCCUUCCUGAUUGGCCCGCCCGGGCCGGUCCGCCGGCGGCUGGCCCACUUGGAGGCCUGGCUGUCGCGGUCGCCGGUCGAGUACAUGAUGAUCAGCCGCGACACGAGCGAGGCCGAUCUGAAGCAGCGCCGGGAUCUGACCGGCGGUCAGCUUGUGUACACCGACCAGCCGGCCGUGCGAGCUGCCCUGCACGGGCGGACCCUGCUCCUGGAUGGGGUCGAGCGCGCCGAGCGAAAUGUCCUGCCGACCUUGAACAAUCUCCUGGAGAACCGGGAGAUGGCCCUCGAGGAUGGCAGCCUGAUUGUCAGCCCGCGGCGGUAUGGCGAGCUGGCGGCCGAGCGCCGGGCGGCCGGCCGGGCGGCCGACGACCUGGGCGCCUGGCGCCUGUUGCCGGCCUCCGAGGACUUCCAUGUGGUGGCCCUGGGCCUGCCGGUGCCGCCAUACGGAGGGCCCGGGGCGGCUCCCCUGGACCCGCCCUUCCGGUCGCGCUUCCAGGCCCGGUACAUCGGCGAGCCGGAUGACGAGACCCUGCUGGCCCUGGCGGCCCCGACCCCCGGGGAGUGGUGGCGCUUUGAUGGCGACGCCGGCCCCGAUGAGGAUGGCUCCUUCCCGGUGGAUGAUGCGUGGUCGAUGCGCGCGGCCGAGGCGGCCCUCGGCCUGCGCAAGACGUGGCGCUCCUUCGAGCUGGACCCGGCCGUGGCGGCCGGCGACCAGCUGGCCCUCAGCCCGAGCGACCUGCUGUUGGGCGGGGGCGCCGGGGCCCAGGGCGCCGGGGCCGGGCGCCUCAGUGCCCUGGGCCUGCCGCUGCUGCCGAUCGGCGCCAGCGAGCGUCUGGCCUUCCGCAUGCAGGCCUUCCCGCUGGACUUCGUGUCGGUCGGGGACUCGGCCCUGGAUCGGGCCGCCGGCUUGGCCGCCGUCCGCCGGGUUUACCCCUUCGAUGUGUCGCCGCCGGGCGCCUCGCCUUCCGGCGGCAGCGGCGACAGCCGCAGCAGCAGCAGCAGCAGCAGCAACACCACCAAAAAGGCCCCCAGCAGCGCGGCCACCGCCAAGGCUGCCACGCGUGACUACUCCGAUGCCCUUGGGCGCCUGGCCGCCGGGGCCCUGCUCCGGCCCGGCGCCUCGGAGGAUGGCAUGCUGGAUGCCGCGCGGGUGGCCGAUUCGCAGUGGCAUGUGGCUGAUGCGCACUGGCCGGAGCUGGCCGAGCCAUCGUCCUCGUCGUCGUCGUCGUCGUCGUCGUCAUCGGUGGCGGCAGCCGGCCCCCUGACGCGAUACCAGCUGGCGCGGGUGGCCACGCAUGAGGAUGGCCGCCGGCGCGUGGUCCUGGUCGGGCGCGGUGCCGACGGCUUGGCCGACCCCCCGCCCGAGCACGAGGUGCAUGUGGACUUCUUCGCGCCGGCCGACCAGGCGGCCCCCUCGGAGACGGGGUGGCUGCUCGAGGCCGAGCCCUGCCCGGCGGCGGCCCUGCGCACGCGUCUUCUCCCCCGCCAGCAGGACGAGCUGGUGGCCCUGGUGCAGGCCCUGGCCCCGGGCGGGCGGGUGGCCAUCCGCGACCGGUCGGGGGAGCGUGUCCUGCCGAGCCCCGGCCGCUGGUCCGGGGUCCUGCCGCGGGAUGUCCUGUAUGCCGGGCCGGCUGGCAGCGGCAAGUCCACCGUGGUGGCGGCGCUGGCGGACUUGCUGGGCCGGGCCCCCGGGUCCGGGCUCCAGUGGAUCGAGUGCGUCCGGGAGACGGCCCUGCGGGACCUCCUCCAGCGGCGUGUGACCGUGGAGCAGGCCCCCCCGGCGGCCGGUGGCGGUGGCGAUCUCCAUGGCGAUGGCACGCGGCAUCCCUCCUCGGCCGAUACAUCGUGGGAGGAUGCGGAGCUGGUGCGCGCGGCGCUGACCGGCGGGCUGGUGGUGCUGGACGGGGUGGACCGGCUGUCGGCCGGGUCGCUGGCGGCCCUGCAGUCGCUGGUGGCCGAUCGGCUGGCCGCCCUGCCGGACGGGUCGUACCUGGUGCCGGCCGGGGCCGAGCCGGGCCUCGGGCUGGGCCUCCCGGCGGCGGGGGCCCUCUGCCGGCCGGUGCAUCCGGACUUCCGCCUGGUCAUGCUGGCCGGCGAGCCCGGGCCACUGGCCGGGGCCGGGUCCCCGGCCAACUGGCUCACCGACGAGGUGGCCGGGCUGUGUGAUGUGGUCCGGGCGGCGGGUCGCACGCCGGCCGAGGUCCGGGCGCUGGCCCUGCGCGGGGCCCUCGGCGGUGCGGCGGCCUCCGGCCCCGUCCGGCCGCUGCUCGAGUCUUGUGUGGAUGCGCUUCUGCGCGCGCGGCAGGGGCUGCUGCGGGACUUCCCGGCGGCGGCCGGCGGGGCGGAUGCCGCGGUGCACGCGCGCGUGGAUGACGCCCUCGGCGUGCGGCAGGUUGUCCGCACGGCCCAGGCGGUCGGGGCCAUGGCGCAGCGCCGGCUGUCUGGCGGGCCCGGCGCCGGUGGCGACCUGCCCCUGGACUGGACCGCGGCCGCCGGCCGGCGCCUGCAUGAUGCCCUGAUGCUGGCCUUCGUGCCGGCGGUGCUGGCCGCGCGGGUGGCCGCAUCCGUGCGCCGGGCCACCGGCGGCCUGCUGGACCUGGACCGGGCCCGUCAGGCCGAUGAGUUUGCCCUCGCCGGCGCCCGGGCCCCGGGGUCGGCUCUCGGCACGCCGGCCCCCCUGGACGGGCUGGACUCCGUGGGUUUGGCCCUGUCGGCCGACCGGACGGCCCUGGAGCUCGGCGGGUCUGGCCUUCGUGUGCCGGCCUGGCGCCCGGUGUCGGCCGAGGAAUCUGCCCUCAUCCCCCGGCCGGUGUUCACCCCGAACCAGGCCCAUGCUCGGUCGCUGGCCGCGCUGGCCUUCGACUUGCGCAUGUGCGGCCCGGUGGUGUGCCCCAGCUCGCUGGAGCCCCUGACCCCGGCGGCCGCCGGCUCGGCCCCGACGCAUGUCCUGCUCCUGGGCAACCAGGGCGUCGGCAAGAACAAGCUGGCCGACAAGCUGUGCGACAUCCUCGGCGCCCCGCGGCAGUAUGUCCAGCUCCACCGCGACACCACGGCUGCCAGCCUCUUUGUCCAAGCCUCGAUCGAAAAUGGGCACCUGGUGUUCGGCGACGCGCCGCUGGUGCGCGCCGCGCGGCUUGGCCACAUUUGCGUGGUCGACGAGGCGGACAAGGCGCCGGCGCACGUGCUGGCCGCCCUGCGGCGCCUGGCCGGGACCGGGGAGGCGGCCCUGCCGGAUGGCCGGCGCCUGUCGGCCGGGGCCUGGCCCCCCCCGGCGGCCGGGCCGGCCGACCCGUCGGUGGUCCCGGUGCACCCGGACUUCCGCCUGGUGCUGCUGGCCAACCGGCCGGGCUUCCCCUUCCACGGAAAUGACGUGGCGUCGGCCCUCGGGGGCGCCAAUGUGGCCGUGCACCCGGUCCCGGCCCCGGGGCGCGGGUCGCAAACGCGCGUGGUGUUGGAUGCGGCCCUGGCGGCGGCCGGCGCGGCGGCGGCGCGCGCCGCGCGCCUCGGGCCCCAGCCGGCCAUGGCCGCGGGCUGGAGCCCGGCCCCGGGGCCCUCCGGCCCGGCGCUGGACCACCAGCUGGCCGUGCUGAAGACGGUCACCCAGCUGGUGGAUGGGUUCCUGUCGCCGCUGCGCUGGGCCAGCUCGCUGGAUGACCUCCGGCCGCCGGGCGAGUCGGCCGCCGAGCCGGCGUACCCGUACUCGGUGCGCGAGCUGGCCGCCGUGGCCCGGCACUAUGCGGCCGGGAAUGCCGAUCGGCUGGCGCCCGGGGCCCCUGGCGCCGGGGGCCUGGCCGCCGUGUCCGACAGCAUGUGGGACUCGGUGGCCAAUGUCCUGUCCUUCGAGGCCCACACCCCGGGGCUGGCCGGGCUGACGGACUGGCAGCAGGAGGCCGACCUGGCGGCCGGCGGCCUGGCCCUGGAGCCGAGCCCGACGUCGGUCUACUGGCGCGGGGUCCUCCGCCGGGCGGGGCUGCCCCUGCCGGACCCGAGCGCGGCCCCGGGCCCCGGGGCCUGGACCACGCUGCUGGACGCCAGCAGCCCGGGGCGGGUGUACCCGGCCCGGGCGGGCGCCCUCGGGGCGUCGCCCUGGCGCGCGGCCGGCCCGGGCCGGACCGUGGCCCUGCCCGGGGGCCGGGCCUCCGCGCCGGAUGCCGGCCUGCCGACCAGCGCGGCGGCCGACGCCCUGGCGGCCGACUUGAACCGGCACCCGGCGGCCAUGAUGGGGGCCGGUGUGGCCGGGCCCGGCGAGGCCGAAGGCCCGGACCCGGAGGCCGCCGAUGCCGAUGCCGAUGCCGAUGCCGGGGGCUUCACCCUCCGGCGGGUGGACGCCUUCCGCGAGGAGGUGGCCCGCUGGACGAGCGCCUUCCCGCCGGGCAUGGACCCGGCCGGGCCGGCCUCCUUCCAGGCCAUGGUGGCCAGCCACCAUGAUCUGGCACAUGGGCCGCCGGCGGGCGUGGACCCCGGGGCGUGGCUGUCGCUGGCGGCCAGCCGGGCCUCCUCCGUGUGCGCCCUGUGGGCCGGGCACCCGGAGGCCGUGCUGUUCACCCGGACCCGGGUCAAUUGCGCCGGCGUGCCGUUGAAUGCCGACCGGCCGGAGCGCUUCGCCCUGGCCCUCGGGCCCGGGGCCCGGGACGACCCGGUGCUCGGGGCCGGGCUCGUGUCGCAUGGCGGCCUCGAUGGCCAGGCCGAGACCCUGGUGCUGGCCUCGCGUGGCGGGGUCUUCACCGGGGUGCGGCUGCCGGCCGGGCCGGAGGAGGAGGAGGCACCGGCGACCCCCGGGCCGGGGCCCCACUCGGCCGGGCCCUUCGCCGGGUUGGCGCCCACCUGGCAGGCCCGCCUGCCGGCCGGCAUGCGCCUGCAUGGGGAUCUGGUCCCGGCCGGGGCCGGGGUCAUGGCUGCCCUGGCCUCGCCCGGCCCGGGGCCCGAGUCCGCCGGUGCGGUGGUGAUCCUGGUGGACGCGCGUACCGGGCACCUGCGCCAGGUGGACCUGCCGGCGGCCGACCCAUCGGCCGGGUGGCUGACUGGCCAUACGCUGGUCGGGCUGCCGAAUGGCCGCGGCGUGGCCCUCCUGCCGGGGCACACCUCGGGCAGCGUGGUGACCCUCACGCCCGGGGGGCCGCUGGCCGAUGGCCAGGUCGAUGUCCGGGUGGCCCGGGUGUCCGGCCCGGCCGAGGCCGGCGCGCCGUUGGUCUGGUCCAGCCGGCUCGGCCUGGGGCCUUCGGCCGGCUGCGACCUGCUUGCCCUGGACCCGGCAUCGGGCAUGGUCCUGUGCUUGCCGGUGCCGGAGGAGGGCCCCGAGGCCGGGGGGUCUGCGCGGUCGGUGGAAAGCUGGGUCCUGCCGGGCGAGGCGCUGGCCGAGCCGGCGGCGCACUUGCCGGGGCCGGGGUCCGGCGACCGGCCGGUGGCCGGCCCCUGGGUCGGGCUCCCCGGGCAGGGGAUCUUCCUCCGGGGGACCCCCUCCGGCCGGCCGGCCCCCGGCCCGGGGUUCACCGGGGCCGCCGGGGCCAACCACUGGCAGUCGUUCUUCCGCCGGGGCGGGGCCGCCGGGGGGGCCGGGCCCCGGGCCGGGCCGCGGCCGGACCUGACGCUCGACGUGCUGGAUGUGUCGGAGCUGGGCCGGCGGGCUGAUGGCCGGGCCAGCGGCCGGCAAAUUCGCCUCCCCCGGGCCCUGCACCUGGCCGAGGGCCAGACGUCGGUGCAGCUGGCCGGCGCCUCGGCCGCAUGGAGUCUGGCCCCGGUGGCCGGGGACCAGGUCCUGGUGUCGGUGGCCCGGGCGGCCGGGCCCGCGGCCGGGCCCCAAGUGCAGACCAUCUUGCUGGAGGCGCGGACCGGGACGGUGGCCGGCUCGCGGGAUGCCCAUGCCCGGGCGGCCCUCUCGGCCCGGUAUGGGGCCGGCACGGCCGGCGGCGGGCGGCUGGCCGCGGCCGGCGGCGACCCGCUGGACGUCCAGCUGGGGGAGGACUACUUCGGCGCGGAGCCCGGCUCGCAGGAGCCCGGGGCCGAGGGCGGCGACCACAAUCCGCCCCCGGUGUCGGAUCCCCGGCACGGGGAGGUCGACGACCUGGAGCACAUCGGCGGCGGCCGGUAUGCCGGGGGGUCCGGCGGGUCGAACACCGCCGGGCUCGGCGGCCGCGGCGGCCCGUACCGCCUGCGCAAGCGCAACCAGCGGGUGGUCCAGCUGGAUGAGGCCCGGCGGCGGGAUGUGUCGGAGGAGGCGCUGCGCCGGGCGCGCGCCCUCGGGCAGCGCGCCUUCGCCGAGCGCCUGCAGGCCAUCGACGCGUCGCACUCCGGGCCGGAGGCGGCCCGGGCAUAUGCCGACAUCCUGAGCCGCAUCCGGCCGGACGCCGCGCGCCUGGCCCGGGUGCUGGAGACGGCCGAUGAGCGGCGGCUGCGCCUGCGCGCGCAGGGCCCCGAUGCCGAUGACGAGGCCGGUGCGGGGGAGGCGCCGCGCGAGCGCGAGUGGCGCUCCGGCUGCGCCGACGGCGAGCUGGACGAGGGCCGCCUGGUGGACGGCCUGGCCGGGGACAACCGGGUCUUCCGGCGCCGGGUCGAGUCGGACGAGGUGUCGCCGCUCUUCACGCCCCCCCCUCCGCCGUCGCCCCCGCCCGAGGAGGAGGAGGAGGAGCAAGACCCGCAGGCCGACGACCAGGACACCGACGAUGAGGCUGGCCGGCGGCCGCCCCCCCGGCGCCUGCGGCUGUUGGUGGACUGCAGCGCGUCCAUGUACCGGUUUGACGGGCUCGACGGGCGCCUGGCCAGCACCAUCGACUCGGUGGCCCUGGUGCUGGAGGCCCUGGCGGCCCUGCCCGGGUGUGUGGUGGCCCUGCCGGCCGAUGGGCACGGGCGGCCGGCCCCGGCGUCGGCCUACGGCCCGGACGUCCGCCUGGUGGUGGAUAUCCUCGGGCACUCGGGCGACUCGGCCGGGUUCGACCUGCUGGCGGCCGGGCGGCCGGCCGGGCCGAGCGGCACCGCGGCAGCCCCCCCACGGGCAGGCGCCUCGGUCCGGCGCUUUGCCGAUUUGUCGCACGCCGACCGGAUGCGGGCCCUGUGGCGCCUGGCGGCGCACACGCAGUACUGCUCCAGCGGCGAUUGCACCCUGGAGUCCAUGGGCCGCAGCGUGCGGGAGCUCAGCCCGCCGGUCGAGUCGGCCGGGUCCGGUGACGACCUGUCGGCGGCCGGGCUGUGGUCGGACACCGUGGUUUUGGUGCUGACCGAUGCCAACUUCGGCCGGUAUGGCAUCGGCUCGCGCGACCUCCUGCCGUACCUGGUGGGCGGGGGUGGUCGGGCGGCGGCGGCGGCGGCGGCCGCCUCGGCCGUCGGCCUCCAGCCCAAUGACCGGACGCGCACCAUGCCACGCAUGUUCCUCCUGCUGCUGGGCGAGCAUGGCGCCCGUGCCGGGGAUCUGGCCACCGAGCGGACCCUGCGCCGGCUCCGGCCCACCGGGCGUGUGCUGGACAUCCACGAGACGGCCCGGCUGCCGGGGGUCUUGCGCAAGGUCCUGGCUCGCGAGGCCGCUGUCGAGGAGCCUGCUGCUUGAGUGUGCCGCCCGGCGUCUCUCUGGCUGUUGUGUCCGGCUGUUGUGUCCGCCAUUCCUUUGGCCAUGUUCCGGCGCCAGGGCUCCGAGCAAGCCUGCUUGCCACGCCCAGGUGCGCCGGUGAUGCACAAAUGGACAAAUGCAUAAAUGAUGUACGCAGAUGCACGCAGAUGUACGCAGAUGUACUCGGAUGUACUCAGAUGUACUCGGCUGUAUAGAUGUACUCGGAUGUACUCGGAUGUAUAGGUGUACUCAGAUGUACUCGGCUGUAUAGAUAUACUCAGAUGAAUAGAUGCACCAAUACACCAAUACACGAAUGCACCAAUA